AUGGAGUACCAUACCAACCCAAGCGGCACCUCGACCUUGACUGCCACCAGAGAGACCGUCAGUGCCCCCUGCCAGUAUCCGUCGCCAGGCACAAAGACACAGAACGGCCAACGACGGGCUCCACGCGCCCUAGGCCGAAGUUUUGACCGCCGGGAGAGCGACGACGAGCUCAACUGGCACUUAUGCGACAGCUUCCCUGGGUACAGCGGUCCUUUCGUGCAGUUUUGUGCAUGGGUGCGGCGCGGCUCCGGCGACGGGGACCUGUGCUACUACCUCGGUGGUAAUGUCUGCUCCAGUCCACUGUUCGAUGCCAAAGGUGGCGGUGUUGGAGGCUAA